AUGGAAGCCGCAAAGAACGUACUCAGUAAGCUCACUGGCGGGGAGAGCACCACCACCGACAACACUGUCACUCCCACACACCAGGAGGGCACCACAGGCACCUCUGCAGACACCACCGGAGGCUCUGGUAAUGGUACAAGCGGAACAACAGGCUCUACCUUCGGCCACGACACCACCACUGGCACAACCGGCUCUCACACCGGUUUGACUGGUGGCUCGUCGACAGGCUAUACUGAAGGGACUACCGGCUCUUCAACCGGCUACACGGAAGGCACCACCGGGUCUUCAACGGGUUAUAAUGAAGGCACCACCGGCUUGACUGGAGGCUCCUCAACUGGCUAUACUGAAGGCACCACUGGCACCACUGGCACGUCUGGUUACACUGGAAACACCGACACUACCUCAGGCACCGGCAGCACUUUCGGCCAAGGAAGCUCUACUGAAGGCAGCGCCUUUGUCCACGAUGCCACCACUCUAGGCUCUUCCACUUCAGGCACGCAAUCGCAAGGUGAUUAUACCUCUGGAACAACACAACAGAGCGGCGGAUACGGCUCUGGGUAUGACACCGGAGCUACACAGCAGACCGGUGGAUAUGGCUCUGGGUAUGACACUGGAGCUACACAGCAGACCGAAGGCAUCCACAGCUCUGGAGCCAACCAACAGGGCGGUGGAUUUGGCUCUGGUAUCGACACCGGAGCUACACAGCAGACUACAGGCUACGGAGUGGACACCAACCAACAACGUGGUGGCUACGACAGUCAAAACACCCAGCAAGGUGCGCAAGAUACUCAGACGACCCAAACAACUGGCGAGCAUGACUCUUCCAAGCAUCACCAUGGUCACCACAUUCCGAACCCACUCCACCAUAAGAAGAAAGAAGAUGAUACUGACAGCGGCCUCACCGGCGGCUCUUCUCACGGUGACCUGCAGAACUCAAGCCAAGGUCGUGACCCAGCCGUCGUCGAUGACAAGGGGACCAAGAAGCUGACUGGCACCGGUGUUCCUGGAUCUCACAGUGCAGUCUUCGGCCUUACGCCCGAUGGCAAGAAGCAUGAUGAGACCACGAGUGACAGUGGCCCGGUCGUCCCCGCGUCCGAGUUGGGCAAGCCUCACAAGAAAGAGAAGCAAGAGGACAAAGCCAACCCGUCAAACGACACAUCAUCCCGUGCACCUGAUAGUGCAGGCGUAGCUGAGCAGAUGCACAAGGUUGACAACGAGCCCAAGGGUCUUCAGAGGAAGGAGCCCAUGGACCUUUCCACAGACAGCACGAAGCCAGGCGCAGGUUCGACCGGCAUAUCCCAAGGUACUGGAGAUAUCAGACCAGGCGAGGGAGGUGACAAGACUCCAGGUGACAAGGCUACACCAGCAUAGAGGAGCUCGGGCGAGAAAUGGGUUUGCAAAUGAUAUCCAGAGUGCGGCCUGAGGAAGCGUUACAAGAGCCUCGAUGCUCUUUCAUGUAUUCAGUUAUGGUUCCGCCUGAACGAAUAUGUACAGGUUUAUGCAUAUCGUUCCCGAUGGAUAUUUUGAUUUGCCCACUACUACGGCCCAUGACUGAUGUGCACACAUUUCGUGACACGUUCCGUAUUUGUUGACCACAUGUUCGGGGCCAUGUACCUUGAGGCACCCCCAGUCGACCACUGUGUAUAUCGUCA